CUAGUACCUCAAUAUCCAUAGGGGAUGACCGUGAUUGGCCCGAGUGCUGACAAAAUAUUGCACGGGAUUGGGCCUCGGGGAGCCUGAGGCCAACUCCGGCCGCCCCGAUUUCGCUGCGGAGGGUCGGGCGUCACUCCCGGUGACCGGCUCCACACUUCUCUUCUGCAGAGGGGAAGAGUCCAGAAGCUACUUAUUCUCUUUUCAAUUGAGUUCCCGGCCUCAAUUGUGUGUCAUCCCUGCGGACUCCAUACCCUCAGGUCGCGAUAAUGUUUCUCUCACAAACACGGGGGCGUAUGCCUUCUGCGCUGCGGAGUCUUUCCAAGCGGUCCGCCGCCGUCAAUGUUCGUCCUCUCUCCACCACCCUCCCUAAGCAAAGGGCCUCUGCCUCCGAGGACGACAAUGCUCUGAACAAGGUCUCCCGCCAUGUCACCCAGCCCAUCUCGCAGGGUGCGUCCCAGGCCAUGCUGUACGCCACCGGUCUCACCGAGAAGGACAUGGACAAGGCCCAAGUCGGUAUCUCGUCCGUUUGGUACAGCGGUAAUCCGUGCAACAUGCAUCUGCUCGACCUUAACCACCGUGUCAAGCAAGGUGUGGAGAAGGCCGGUUUGAUCGGAAUGCAGUUCAACACCGUCGGUGUCAGUGACGCAAUCAGUAUGGGUACGAAGGGUAUGAGAUUUUCUCUUCAGAGCCGCGAUCUGAUUGCCGACUCUAUUGAAACUGUUAUGGGCGGUCAGUGGUAUGAUGCCAACAUCAGUAUCCCUGGUUGCGACAAGAACAUGCCCGGUGUCUUGAUGGCCAUGGGAAGAGUCAACCGGCCGAGUAUCAUGGUGUACGGAGGCACUAUCAAGCCCGGCUGUGCCGCUACCCAAAACAAUGCUGAAAUCGAUAUCGUUUCCGCCUUCCAGGCUUACGGACAGUUUUUGAGCGGAGAUAUCAGCGAACCUCAACGAUUUGACAUUAUCCGUAACGCCUGCCCUGGUGGCGGUGCCUGCGGUGGUAUGUACACGGCUAACACCAUGGCCACCGCCAUCGAGACCAUGGGUAUGACUCUCCCUGGCUCUUCCUCUAACCCCGCCGAGUCUCGCGCCAAGGACCUUGAGUGUCUGGCUGCUGGUGAGGCGAUCAAGAAGCUGCUCAAGGAGGACAUCCGCCCCCGGGAUAUCAUGACCCGCCAGGCUUUCGAGAACGCAAUGGUUGUAGUCAACAUCACCGGUGGUUCGACGAACGCCGUGCUGCACCUGAUUGCUAUCGCCGAUUCGGUUGGCAUCAAGCUUGAUAUUGAGGACUUCCAGUCGGUCUCCGACCGUAUUCCUUUCUUGGCUGAUCUGAAGCCAUCUGGCAAGUACGUCAUGGCCGACAUGCACGGAAUCGGAGGUACCCCCUCGCUGCUCAAGUUCUUGCUUAAGGAAGGCCUUAUCGACGGUUCUGGUAUCACCGUCACCGGUGAGACACUGGCCAAGAACCUGGAGAAGGUUCCCGACUUCCCCGACGACCAGAAGAUCAUUCGUCCUCUGUCCAACCCGAUCAAGAAGACCGGCCACAUUCAGAUUCUCAAGGGAUCCCUCGCUCCGGGUGGCAGUGUUGGUAAGAUCACUGGUAAGGAGGGUACUUCUUUCACGGGCAAGGCUCGUGUCUUCGACGACGAGGAUGACUUUAUCGCUGCUCUGGAGCGCGGUGAGAUCAAGAAGGAGGAGAAGACAGUGGUGGUCAUUCGCUACACCGGACCCAAGGGUGGUCCUGGUAUGCCCGAAAUGCUGAAGCCCUCCUCUGCUCUCAUGGGUUAUGGUCUCGGACAGUCGGUUGCCCUGAUCACCGAUGGACGUUUCUCGGGUGGUUCUCACGGCUUCCUGAUCGGACACAUUGUCCCUGAGGCUGCCGUUGGUGGGCCUAUCGGUCUUGUCAAGGAUGGCGAUAUUAUCACCAUUGAUGCCGAGAAGCGCAUUCUCGACCUCGACGUUGACCAGGAGGUUCUUGUCGAGAGACGCAAGGAGUGGGAAGCCGCUAAGGAGGCUGGCAGGCUGCCUGAAACUGGCUUGACCAUGAGAGGAACCCUAGGCAAGUACGCUAGGACCGUCAAGGAUGCCAGCCACGGCUGUAUCACCGAUGCUCUUGAGUAAAUGCCAGGCUGUGAGAUGUAUUUUGUCAUUGUGCGGGAUGCCGUCACUAUUUUCCCGCUUGAAUGGGGUAGUAUAAACACCUUGGGUUAUUCUCUUGUUUUUAUUUUUGCUUGGAUAAGCGAACCAAAAGGAUUGAAAAGCAUUUCCUUUGAUCUCAUGUUGUUAUUAGGAGCAUUCAUUGACUUGAUACCUUACCAAUCUAUUAAUCAUAUUUCAAAUUUUCUAUUCCU